AUGCCUAUCAAGACAGCUGGAGUGGGCGGAGCCUAAGGCCAGAGGCCGCGCCGUGAUGGCCUCCCCUAACACUGUCUACUCUUUGCUCGAGGACGACCAUGAGGAGGCGGAGUCUACUAGGGGUGGGAUGUUGUCCAUGCCCAGCCCCUACGCCACGCCCACGGGGGGCAACAAUACAGGACCGACCCCCACCAGCAAAAUGACCGUACAGCAAAAUUUAGAAAAUUCCAUGAGGUCAGAGCUGGCGAGUCUGUGCGACAUGGGCGACCCGACUAAUUCCAAGAACAUCAACAUGCACCACAGCGGAGGUGCAGGAGGUGCUGCGGGUGGUGCAGCAGGCAGCGUGCCCGGCGCAGCGUCCGCUGGCAUGAGGCCCAACGAAAGCAGCGAGUACAACUACGCGCAGGCGCUCCUCAAGCACGCGCCCAAGCUGGGCGACUCGGGCGACCUGGACAGGUCCAGCGUCCUGCGGCUGGCCCAGGCCUACAUCACGCUGCAGCAAGGUCUGCAGUCCUGCGAAGGUGCCGGUAGCAAGAAGGUCAAGUGGUGGCCCGACUGCCUGGACGGUGGCAAGCUGGCCCUCUCGCUGCAAGAGACCAUGGGCUGCUUUGUGCUGAUCCUAACCAGCAAGGGCCACGUGGUCUACGUCUCUGACCAGGUUGAGAAGCUUCUGGGACAUGAUCAGCUGAGCCUGGUGGGUCGUCCCGUGCACGCCAUGGUUCACCGUGAGGAGCUGGACGUCCUGGGCACACAGUUCUCACUGGCUGCCGAGCCUGGCAACCCAUCCAUGUCUCGGAAGUUCUACACACGUAUGUUGAACAUGCACAAGACGAGCCCGCAGAGACAGAUCUACGAGCUCGUGCAUGUCGUGGGACACCUACAGGAAGUGGCACUGGCUCACGGUAGCUCAACCGCAGCUCCACAGGGAGGAGGCCAACGAGAAACCUGGCUAAUGUGUGCGUGCCAAGUGAUGUCGGCCCAGCCUGAGAAGGAAGGAAUUCCCUCCCCUUACGUCGAGUGGGUGUCCCAUCAUGCCCUGGAUGGCAAGAUCAUUCACAUGGACUCGAGGUCAUGCCAGGUGACAGGGUAUUUGCCCAACGAGGUGAUUGGCAUGUCUCCCUACUGCUUCAUCCUGCAGGACGACCUGGAGCAUGUGGCCUACACUCAUAACCAAGCUCUGGUGAAGGAGUGCAGCUACAGUUGCACCUACCGCAUGUACACUCGUAGCCAGGACCUGGUGUACGUCAACACGGCCUGGCAGCUGGCGCGAGACAAGCAGAACAACCGGCCAAAGUUUCUCUUCUCUCUGCACCGGCUCGUGGACGAGAAAGAAGGCAGAGAGCAAGUGUCGCGGCAUCACCAGGAGCUGCUGUGGGUCAAGACUGACCCGUCCAUGAAGUACAGCAUGAAGGACAUAGAGCGGUCAGUGGAGAAACUGGAGCUGGAGGCGGUCUUGUCGCCCCGGCAGGCCUCCCGCGGCGGGAUGCGGCACAGCUGUCUGACUGACAGCGUCGCGGCGGACGGCGGGGACCUUCUGUCUCUCAACCUGUCGGCUUCCAUGAGGAUUCCUCCGGUCAUCCCGGCUGCCGAUCUGGGAGGCCACUCGAUGAGCUCUCGGCAACGUGGUGGAAUGGCUUCGUCCUCGUCGUCGGCUUUGUCUUCACCUCAGGUGCCGUACGGGCGGAGCAACAGCCAGAUGCAACUUCAGCUUCAGCAACAGCAACAUCAUCAGCAUCAGCAGCAGCAGCAGCAACAGCAACAUCAUCCACUUCAACAUCAGAUGUCUCUGCCGUCGCCCAUAUCAAGUGUUGGGAACAUGAGCACGGACAGUUUCUCUGGGGCCUACGGGUACGACCCGACCCUGAACAGUCCAGUGGCUGCACAACAGCACAACAUGUACGGCCACCCUCAAGCCCAGCAUCUGCAGCACCAGCAGCAGCAGCAGCAGCAGCAUCAGCAACAACAACAGCCACAGCAGAUGUACUCACCACGCCGCCAGCAGUACCAGAGUCAGAUGUCCAUCCCGGGCCAGUCCCCUGUUGGACACAGCAUGAUGGACUCGCCCAUGAGGUCGGCUGACAACUCUGACAGUGGCGGGAUCACCGGCUCCUUUGUUGACUACCUGUUUGACAAUGCCGGUCCCCCCUCCGUGCCAUCAUUUGACAACAGCAACGUGUUCAACCCCGAUGCCCUAGUGACCACUGCCCAGCCUAUGCCCAAUUCAGUAGGGCGGGCUCGAGGCAGGGGCAGGGCGAGAGGUCGACCUAGAGGAAGUGGUCGCGGGGGAAGGGGAGCUGCGAGGGGGACGCGAGGUACGCGUGGCCGAGGGAGAGGCAGAGGUCGAGGUCGUGGUAGUAGCACGGCCGCUGCCAUGGAACAGUUUGCUCAGCUGCGAGACAGCAUGACGGGUCCGGGUGUGAGGAAGUCAGAGGGCAUGAUAGGCCGGACGAAUCUGUCGCCCGCGGGAGAUGUGGGCUCGGACCACUUCUUAAGUCCCAGUUCGGGUAUGGGUGUCCAGCGAAUGGCCCCGUCUGCCGGUGCGGGUAUGCAGCAGCAAAUGCAGCAGAUGAGCACGAGCCCUGGAGGAGGUGGAAUGGCUUCGCAUCACGCUGGCUCAGUGCGAGGUAUGGAGCUGCAGCGAAUGGCUUCAGACAGUGGAGUGACCUUGAACCAGUCACACGCAGAUGUGAGUGGCCUUGGCCUCCAACGCAUGCAUUCGGAUGAUGGCAUGAGUUUUCAGCGUAGUUUGUCUUCCCUCGAAGGCAUGGACCUGCUGGUGCCCAGCUCUGACUUACUUGCUCAACAACAACAACAACAACAACAACACCAACAUCAGCGCUCUUGGCGUGGCCAAGACCAGCAAGCUGCCACUGCUCAAGGCUUAGGUCAGCGAUCCCUGGUAGGCCACGAGCCAAUGGUACAGGACAAGAGAAACAAUUCCGUGAUGGCUGGCAGACUCCUCACCGAGGAGCAACAGCAGCAACAGCAACUACAGCAACAGCAUUUUCACCGCGCGCAGUCCAUGGAGGAAUCUUUAGGGAUGUCGGGGCAAUAUGGCGCCACCAUGAGGCCCGCUGUGACACAGAGGGGACAGCAGCAGCAGCAGCGGCCGGGGGAUUUUUCCGGCGCCAACAUGUCCCCGAUGGUUCAGGGGGCUGGUCCGGGCCGGCCGCCCCACGACUCGUUCCAGCGCUCUCUGUCGUUCCAAGGCCCGCAGCAGUCCCCGCUGCUCCCGGGCGAGGCGGACGUGGAACAUUCCAUUCUGGGAAACUUGUUGAAGGGGAGAGGCGGGUCAACCUCCUCCACUGGGAGUAAGUCUCCCGGUCAAGGUCAGUCCAUGGGGAGGUCACCGGGUCAAGGGUCAGGGUAUCAGGACCGCAUGGGCCGGUCUCCCAUGGCGCAGCAGUCUGUGGGUGUGGAGCGUGGGGGCGGUGGUCGGUCGCCAGCCACCUCCCUUAUCUCGGAGGCAGCCUCACCAGCAUCUGUUUUCUCCCCGGAGUCAAGUCACCUCACCAGCAUCAAAGAUGACCCUGAACAGAACCUGAUGUCUGGCGAAGCAUCUGGUCUGGCCAGCAAAGACGGCAGUGGUCAGUAUCGUAAUAUGGUCACCGGCUUGUCCCUGGAAGAUCUGUCCGCUCUGUCAGAGCCAGUGCAAGGUGAGCAAGCAGGGGACCAAAAGCUUGUCACGGAGAUGCAGAUGUUUUCUGCCCAGCUCCGCUGCAAACACCGCACCGUGGAGCAGAGUCUGGUGUCCCAGGACCGACUGAUCAGACAGCUGGAAUCGAACCUGCAGCACGCUGCGCAAGACCCCAACCCAGAGUCUACCUAUGCCCGACUCAGUGCUAAGCUCAACAUCAUGAAGGCCAACAAGGCGAAGCAAGAGAAAGACUGCCUGGCCAUCAAAGCGGAACUCGAAUCUCGCAUACGACAACAGCAGAUGCAGCAGCAGCGGCAGCCGCAACAUCCCCUGGAACGACAUCUGCUCAACUCUCCUCUGCCCACCAACCCCCGCCGAAUGGCCAUCGUUCCUCCCAUCCAGAGGCUGCAUGCGGAUGAGGACUUGAACCCUAUUCCCCCGCAACACAGCCCGGGGGACUUGAAAGGCGGCCAUGGUGGUGUACAGAUCUCUAGUGAGAGUUGCGGCAGUUCCAAAUCUCCAACACCCCCACCCCCAAGUUCCCUUGACGGCAACAACGCAAAGUUCAACACUUCCAUACAGAAAAGUUCAACCCAGAAGCUCAACAAACAAGGAGGAGGUUUGACGGCUGCUGGAGGGUUCAGCCCUGGGGCUGCUGUAGCUCAAGGCCCGACAGCCACACCACCCCACCACUCGAACCCUGGUGGCACCCAGGCGUCACCAUACAGUCUGCACCACCACCACCAUCACCAUCACCA